UUUAAAAAUGGAAGACAGCAGCACAGACACAGAACAAGAAGAGGAAGAGAAGGAUGAAAAGGAUCAAGAAGAUCCUAUUUAUGCCACAGUGCCCACAAUUAACAUCCAAGAUGAGCGGUUUGUUGAUUUAUCUACAACUCCAGCAUUCAUUUGUCUGAAUGAGUUACAUGCUAUGGGAAAACUUGCUGGCACCAGAGUGGCAGAACUAAAAGCCAAGUACACCUUGCUGCAUGACACUGUUAGAAGCACACAGGAAUCAGAGGUCCAACUGCUCCAGAAUGCCAAACGUUUCACUGAGCAAAUACAACAGCAGCAGUUUCACCUACAGCAAGCUGAUAAUUUUCCAGAAGCAUUCUCCACCGAGGUCUCCAAAAUGAGAGAACAGCUUCUCAAGUAUCAAAAUGAAUAUAAUGCGGCGAAGGAAAGAGAGUAUCAUAAUCAGUACAGAUUGAAUAGCUUAAUAGAAGAAAAAAAACUCAUAAUAAAGGAAUUCGAGAAGAUCCCUAAGCCAGGAGAGAUGGAGAAGAAGAUGAGAAUAUUGAAAGAAAGCACUGAAGAAUUACGUAAAGAAAUAAUGCAGAAGAAAUUAGAAAUUAAAAAUUUACGGGAAGAUUUCACAUCUAAGCAGAAGCAAUUACUAAAGGAGCAGAAGGAACUAGAAGAAUUGUUGGAAUAUCAGGUCAACCUAAAGGAUGAAGUGGUUCACCAUCAAUCCCUUCCUGUGCAAAUUGGAAAAGAGAUAGAAAAAACAACACGCAAAAAAGUAGAAAUGGAAAAGAAAAAAGUUGUCUUGGAUUGUGAACUCAAAGAAAUAAAUGACUCCCUAAAGAAAGUCGAAACCAAAAUUAAUGCUAUAAUGGAAGAGAAGGAAGAUGUGAUAAAAGAAGUUGAAAGCAAACGAGCCUUACUUGAAGUCAAAGAACGAGAAUAUAACCAACUGUUCAAGCUGUUGGAAUUAACCAGAGAGAAUGAAGCAACUUCACUAACUGAAAAAGGGAUCUUGGAUCUCAAUUUACGAAACUGUGUUAUCGACAAACAGAACUACCACGAGGAACUUUCUCGGAAGCAAAGAGAGAAAGAACGAGAUGUUCGAAAUUUGAAAAAGAUGGAGCUACUCUUGAAAGUGUCCUGGGAUGCCCUAACUCAAACUCAAGCACUGCAUCAAAGGCUUCUAUUAGAGAUCGAAGCUAUCCCUAAAGAUGAUUCUACAUUAUCUGAGAGGAGGAGAGAGCUCCAUAAGGAAGUUGAAGUUGCUAAGAGGAAUUUAACCCAACAGAAAAUUUUAUCAGAAGUUGAGUGUAAAUUAAUAGAGCAACAACUUGAGGAACAAAGCAAGCUUUUAAAGGAGCAAGAAAACGUGCGAGACAUGGUACUCAACCUUGUUCGUGUGACUCAAGUCAAAAUUGAUGAGAAGGAGCAAAAAUCCAAGGAUUUCCUGAAAGCUCAGCAAAAGUAUAACAACAUCGUGAAGGAUAUCAAAGCAAAGGAUCUUGAAAUCAGGAUAUACAAGAAGAAAAAACGUGAAAUUCAUAGGAGACUCAGAGAGUUUGCUAAACUGUAUGACACUGUUCGAAAUGAAAGAAACAAAUUUGUUAACUUACUUCACAAAUCUCAUCAGCAAGUAAAUGAAAUAAAAGAAAGACAUAAAAUGUCAUUAAAUGAAUUGGAAAUUUUAAGGAAUAGUGCAGUUACUCAAGAAAGAAAGCUACAAAAUUCCAUGCUGAAACAUGCCAACAAUGUUACCAUCAGAGAAAGCAUGCAAAAUGAUGUUUGCAAAAUUGUAGCAAAACUUCAGGAAAUGAAAGAGAAGAAGGAAGCCCAGUUGAAUAACAUUGACAGACUUGUCCAUAUGAUCACAAUGAUUGAAGAGGAGAUGGUGCAGCUUCGCAAAAAAUACGAACAAGCUGUUCAGUCUCGAAAUGAAAGUGGUGUUCAGCUGAUAGAGCGGGAAGAAGAAGUGUGCAUUUUUUAUGAAAAAAUAAAUAUCCAAGAGAAGAUGAAACUAAAUGCAGAAAUCGAAAUACAUGUCCUGGAUGAAAAGAUCCGAUUCCUUAAAUUGAAGAUUGCUGAGAAGCAAAGACAGAUUCAUGUGACUCAGAAAUUACUGCCCGCCAAGAGGUCCCUGGAUGCCGACUUAGCAGUGCUCGAGAUUCAGUUUUCACAGUGUACAGACAGAAUAAAAGAACUGGAGAAACACUUUAUAAAUCCUGAGGGUAAGAACAGAACCCGCUUUAUUCCAGGCAAAGAUAUGACUAAAGAAGAAAUGAUCAAAAAAAUAGAUGGGCUGGAACUGCAUCUGGCCAAGAAGGAGGAACAGCUACUGGAAAAGGAUUUCAUCUAUGAACAGGUGUCCCAGCUCUCAGAAAGGCUCCACAGCAAAACUCAGGCCAGCAAGGAGGACACACUGCUCUUGGCCAAGAAGAUGAAUGGCUACCAGAAAAAGAUCAAAGAUGCUACUGAAAAAAUGAUGGCUCUUGUUGCUGAGCUAUCCAUGAAACAAGCUCUGGCCAUUGAACUCCAAAAGGAAGUCAAAGAGAAAGAAGACUUCAUCCUCUCUUGCAAUUCCAGGAUAGAAAAGGGUCUGCCACUCAAUAAAGAGAUUGAGAGAGAAUGGUUGAAGGUACUUCGAGAUGAAGAAAUGUAUGCCUUGGCCAUCACUGAAAAGCAUGAGGAGCUCUUGGAAACAGAUCGUCGCCAGCUGCCCAAUGGUGUUCGCACGACUGCAGAGCUGCGUCCAAAUGCCUAUAUCCCAGAGGCAGAAGCUACUCUUCCUUUGCCAAAACCAUAUGGUGCUUUGGCUCCUUUUAAGCCCAGUGAACCUGGGGCCAAUAUGAGGCACAUAAGGAAACCUGUUAUAAAGCCAAUCGAAAUCUGAAUGUGUAACUUGAUCCAGGCUUCUCAAGGAGACACUUAAGCCAGACUUCCUCAUAUCCACAGCUGGAACAUGUCUGCACAAUAGCUCAAAUUACAGACAAAUGUGCCAUCCACAAUUAAUCAACAACAAAACAGCAGUUUCUUUUUCUGCUCACCAAAUACUAUAGUUUACAUGAUGUUGAGUAAGAUGGAGAAUUGUUCUAUAAUUAUGUCAAAGCAUCUAUUUGCAUUGCUCAUUUCUUUCUUUUUCACUCUAUAUAUUGAAACCUUUCAGAAAUAUAUAGUAGGCCAGGUGCUAUAAAAAUGUGAUAAAAAUAAAUCAAUAUUCAAUGAAGUACAGAAAUUAACAGAGUGGUUCUUAUUUAUUAAAGAAAUAAAGGAAAUACUGUUCAAUAUACUGACUUUAAAGAAAAAGAGAGAACGGCCAAGUAUCACAAGGGCUUAAUGGAGUUUGUUAAAUAAU